AUGUCGACGUCAGCAAUUUAUUUUCUCGAUGUGAAGGGAAAGGUGCUGCUUUCACGGAACUACCGCGGAGAUGUUGACAUGAACCUCAUCGACAAAUUCAUGCCACUAGUCAUGGAGCGUGAAGAAGACGGCAAUCUAAAUCCCGUUAUUCAAACAAAUGAUUGCACUUUCGCUUUCAUCAAGCAUAAUAAUCUCUACGUUGUCUCGACAUCAAGAAAAAAUGCAAAUGUGGCCAUGGUCUUCGUUUUCCUUCACCGAGUUGUUCAAGUGCUCACCGAGUACUUCAAAGAGCUUGAAGAAGAAAGUAUUCGGGACAAUUUUGUUAUCCUAUACGAGCUUCUGGACGAGUUAUGCGAUUUCGGUUAUCCACAAACUACGGAAUCGAAAAUUUUGCAAGAGUGA